AUGCCAAAUGGAACAUUUUUGUACCAAUUCGACGUUUUAUCAGGAAAAGGAGCGACGGAGCUCACAGAGGACGUGCAAUGCGCGGCGCGGGACAUCAGGGGAAAAUCAGUUGUGUGUGUUUGUAAUGACACGUAUUGCGACACAAUCACUAGAGAUAUUCCUGCUAAAGGCAGUUACAUCUCAUAUACGUCUUCUGAGGGUGGUUCGAGAUUUAAGAAGAGAAGUGGAAAGCUGCAAUGUAACGUAUCAAAAAAUUGCAAAUACUCCUUGGAAUUGUACCCGGAUACAAAGUAUCAGACGAUAGAGGGCUUCGGGACGGCGGUCACUGGAACCGCUGGAUAUAAUCUUAGAAGCUUGCCGCGUGCCGCGCAGGAAAAUUUGAUUAAAUCUUACUUUAGUGACGAGGGCUUGGAGUAUAACAUGCUUCGAGUUCCGAUCGGCGGUAGUGACUUCUCCCUCAGCGAAUUUGCCUACAACGAGUUGCCAAUCGACGACUUUAACUUAACGAACUAUACACUGUCCAGAGAAGAUUACCACUAUAAGUUACCGACAAUAAAAAGAAUGAUGGACGUGUCCAAGUCACCUGUACACGUCAUCGCCUCUACCUGGUCACCUCCCAAGUGGAUGAAGUACUAUACGGAGCACAAUCCCACGUGUGGUUACCUGAAGAAUGAAUUCUACCAGACGUACGCUGAUUAUCACUUGAAAUUUUUAGAAGAAUACGCUGCGGAAGGUGUUCCAGUUUGGGGAAUCACGACGACUAAUGAACCAACAAUGGCUUUCACUAAUUUACCAGCCAAGAGCUGCAUUGGAUUUACUGCGAAACAAAUGGGUAAAUUUAUAGCAGAAAAUCUGGGACCGACGAUUCGCAAUUCAACAUUUAAAGAUACAAAAAUCCUUGCGCUGGAUGAUCAGCGGUAUACGAUCUCCAGUGACUUCUAUGACAUUAUAAAUAAUUAUCCAGAGGUGUUGGACUAUAUCGAUGGCAUAGCACUUCACUUUUACUACGACACGAGCACUCCCGUUCAGGUCCUCAAGAAUUUGCAAAGGAGAUAUCCAGAACUCUUUGUGAUCGCCACCGAAGCUUGUAGAGGAAAUCUUCCAAACGAGAAAGUAGUCGAUUUAGGAUCUUGGGAAAGAGCUGAGGCCUACAUCAAAGACAUUAUUCAGGAUUUGAACAACAAUGUAAUUGGAUGGAUGGACUGGAAUUUCUGUCUAGACAAAAAUGGAGGUCCAAACUGGACAGGGGGUCAUGUGGACUCUCCCAUAAUUGUGGACGCAAAAAAAGGGGAAUUUCUUAAGCAACCAAUGUUCUACGCGAUGGGGCAUUUCUCGAAGUUCAUUCCACGUGGUUCUAGAAGGAUCAGGGUGGAGCAGAAGCGUUCAUCCAAAUAUAUCGACGAAGUUGCAUUUUUGACGCCACAGAACACCGUCGUCCUUUUGAUUUAUAAUGAUAGUGUCAACGAUGCCACCGUAGGCGUUAAGAUAAACAACCGCGAGGCUGCCGUGAAAUUGGAAGCGAAAUCAAUCACAACCGUGGAAUUCAACAUCGAGGAAUGCAAUGGUAACUCCAAUACGUCACUCACACUACGUGUGAAAGGCAACCCUGUUAUUCUGAAGCUGAAAUUGGGAAGUAUCGAAAUAUGUGUCUAA